AUGGAAGUAGAGUGGCCAGAUAUGCUGGUAUUACAUCUAAUAAUACAUGAUGUAUAUAAUACAAAAAAAGAUAGUUUAUGUCUAUAUGGAAAACCAUAUAUAAAAUUUUAUUGGAAAAAUAUAAAAUAUAAGAAUUAUUUUAAAUUUGGAUCAGACGAAAUAAGCUAUUUUUGUGAAUUUUUUUUACCUUACAAGUCAGGAGAUUAUAUUGAAAAUUUGAUUAUUCAAAUAUGGGCAAAUAGCUAUUUUAAAAAAACCAAAAAAAUUGCUUAUAAUUAUAUAAAUAUAAAUAAUGUUGAAAAAGAAAUUAAAAUUGAUGGAAAAAUUGAAUUAAUUGGAAAAACAAAAGGAUUUAAAAUGAUUUACACAUUACAAGUUAUAUAUCACUCUUUAUAUAAAUUUAUGAAAAUAAAACGAAUAUUAAUUUUAGAAAAUAUUUCUAUUUAUAAAAUGUUACAAGUUUAUAAAAAAUAUGUUAAUUCACCUUUAGAAUGUAAAAACAAUCUUCUUGAACAAUAUCUUCUUUCUUUAUUUCAUACAAAUGAAUAUUUAAAAAGUGACACACCAUUACGUUUAAAAUCAAAACCAGAAAAAGAUGUUGUAUAUAAAAUAAAUCAAUGCCAUAUAGCUACUAAUACAAAACCUCCAAAAAAUAAAAUUACAUUAAAAGAAAUAAAAAGUCAAAAAAUUUAUAAAAUACCAAGGAUAUGUAUUCAUCGUGAUAAAAUAUUAAAUAAAAUGGACAAAACAAAUGUAGAUACGAAAUUGUCUGAAAAUAGAGAAAAUAGCGAAAAAAAUAAUAAAAAAAAAAAAAAACAGCUAGCUAAAAAUGGUAAAGACAAUUAUAGUAUUAGUAGUAAUAAUAGCUAUGAUAAUAAUAAUAAUAAUAAUAAUAAACAUGAAGAUAUAAAUUGUAAACAAGAUGCAAAUCCAUCUCAAAAUAUGAUAUACACAAUUAUAAAUAAUAUCAAUCAAAGAAUUAAAGCACAAGCUAGUAAGAAGGCCGAUAAUGUUAAAACAAACACAACAAGACAUUUUAUUGAUAUUCGAGGAAAAAGUAAUAAUACAAUGAUAGAAAAUCAAACUCCCAAAACUUGA